AUGCUAUGGCUCUCGACUCCUGACAUUGAUCACGAUGCCAUCAUUCUCGACAUCUGGAAAGAUCCUCAGAGCACCAUCCUGGAUCUGAUCAAGCAAAUCGGCGCUUCUCUAUCUACCCUCGAUUGUUACACCGACCGCCCGACCCCUGACUGGGCUGUUCGUCGCUUCUCCGACCGAACUCUCGAUCUCGAUUGCAACGAUCCUUCCAAAGCCUUUGAGUAUGCUGUCGAGCAUCAUCGCUACAAGGACUCUCGUCGUGAAGCUGUUGACGUCGAGAUCUUGCAAAAGCUCGAAGGUUGUCAUUACGGACAACUCCGUGACACCCUCUUCAAAACUCUGCCAACAGAAAUCCAAGAUCACCCUGACAGCCACAGUCUCAAUAUGGUCAAUAUGGAAGGUUGCGACCAUGCUCGAUGGAGUGGUAAAGCAAUAGCUCACGCAAUCGCCAAAGAUCCUCGUCUAUGGUCCAACAGGUCAAAGAGAAGCAACUUUCUCGACCAGAAGUCAUCCAAGAAGAAGUCUCUCAUGGAAAGGUCUUCUGAAUUUGCCUGA